AUGAACGAAGUUCCCCCGCGUUUUCGUGGAGCACCCCGUCGGGCCUGCGAUAGUUGUCGCCGACGGAAAAUCCGCUGCAAUCUUGAGCAGCCGUGUGCCAAAUGUCGAGAAAUCGCUUUGGUCUGUCAAUACAAUGAUAUAGCGCGUCGAAAAGGGCCUAAAGGCCUCAAGGCUCCUAUUCUGGCCUCGCUGCGAUUGACAGAAAACUCAGUUGGCUUAUCGACGCCAAGUUGUUGCCUACCUGCUGAUAAUGUAUUUCCUAAGUUCGCGCAGUCUCCUUCGGCGCCGCACAAUGCGGCGCCUUGCUCUGUAAGCUGUGACGCAUCGUUGCUACUUUGCGAAAGAUCCCCUGCUGCUCCAGCCCCAGUGCCGCAGCGAAUUUCCCCACCUCAGCUCCAAGCGCAUUUUCAGGUCUUCAUGAAAUAUCUAUAUCCUAUCAUGCCAGUUGUGGAUGGGAAUGCUCUACUAUUAGAUUGCGCCAACCCCGACGCAUUGCACCACCGUCGCUAUGCUCUUCUGGUUGCCCUUUCAGCUGCUGCCCAUUUCCAAUUGAAUCUCGAUAUGCCCCAAGGAAACGACCCCAGCGAUACAUUACAGUCAGGGCACAGCCUCAUCAAAGAAGCCACGCAGACGCUGCAUCAGUUUGACCCUCUCGAUGACCCACACGUCGAUACUCUACUCACAAUGUUCUUCUUGUUCGCUGCGUAUGGAAACCUUCGGAAGCAAGACCAGGCAUGGCACUUCCUUAGCCAAAGCAUUUCGUUUGUGUAUAUGUUAAAGCUGAAUGUAGAGGCUACGUACUCAGCUCUAAGCCAGAAUGACGCUGAUAUGUUGCGGAGAAUUUAUUGGCUACUUUUCGUUACAGAACGUGCGUACGCAUUGCAAACCGGACGGCCUGUCAUGCUCCGUGGUACCAUCCAGAAACCUGCUGUCUUCCGGUCUCGAUCACCGACGAUAAUGUAUGGCUUUGCCAGCCUAAUAUCGCUGUUUGAAAGUAUUAUCCCUGAAUUCUAUGACUGGAAUACCUGCGAUGUAGGCGAGCCAGGGGAUCUUCCAUCCCUUUCAAACAUAUAUAAAUCUCUUGCCUUCGCAUUGCCUCUGCUGGCUGAGGUUUCCGAAACCAGUCGGGUCGAUUUUGUCCUCACACAGCAUUGGCUUCAAACCCGUCUGUGGCAGUUCUACAAGGAUCGAAAAUAUCUCUGUCAGACGCAGAGUAACAUGGAGUUUCCUACAGAAAUUCCAGCAAUGGCAGGAAAAAAUGUCAUGGCAUGUUUGUCGUCAGUGGCACAGAAGUCCACUGACGCACAUGGAAUUGGAGCAGAACAAAAACUAUAUGACAUCGGCGAAUGCGUAUUUCAACUCACGCAGCAAUUGUCUCCACAAAGAGCCCAGUCUCUUAAGGAGUCUAUUGUCGACGUGAAAGAUGUCUUAUGUGGCAUCCUAACCUCAUUAUCACGGAUUCGAGGAGCUCAAUCGUAUUUAUUUCCAGCGCUUCUGCAACAAUCUCAGGAACUUUUAGGCUUCGGUGAUGUGCCUCAGCCGCUAAGGGAAGCAUCUCCCGAGUCGGACGCGAUUGAGUAGGACUAUGUCCAGCCAAAGAUUGCAUACGAUAUGGUGAUGAUUGAGAACUAUGUAUCAAAACAUCUUUCGUGCAAAAGGAGGGAAACUUUAGUUAUUGUUCAUCGUGUACUUUGGACCGAUAUUAGCAUAGUGUAU